GACGACCCCAAGCUCCUCAAACUGUUGCUUAUUAAUAAGCGGAAGAAUAUAGAUCCACACCCAAAAAACACAGAAAAAAAAAUUCCAAAACUGAGAGAAAUGUGCUGCAACUCCUAUGGCUUAAUCCCGAUCUCUUCACCACCACCCCCCUCUAUCUCCCCCUCCUCCCUACACCCCCGUAUAUAUUUCCCAAACUACCCCUCAAAAUCCCAAGUUUUGGGAACCAAAUUUGGUUCCUUGAAAGCAAAAUCGAAGCUCAACGACGUCGUUUCAUAUGCUGAGCUCGAUAAUAGGAGUUUUUAUGAUCUUCUUGGUAUACCAGAAACGGGGACUUUAUUGGAAAUUAAACAAGCGUACAAGCAAUUAGCACGAAAGUACCACCCGGAUGUUUCGCCUCCGGAUCGGGUCGAAGAGUAUACGCAGAGAUUUAUUCGGGUUCAGGAGGCGUAUGAGACUUUAUCGGAUCCUAGAAUGAGAGAUAGGUAUGAUAAAGAUACGGCUAAAGGCCUUCAGUUUGCGUUCUCUGCUCGUAGGCGUUACCAAAGCGAUGAGUCAAUGGAGGAGAAAGGCGAGUGGAAAAAUCGUUGGCAGUCUCAGCUAUCAGAGCUAAAGAGAAGAAGCAUGCACAAGGACUCUGGCGACAGUAUGUCAUGGGGAGCACGAAUGCGCAGAUCUUACAAACUCAAAAUUCUGGUUUUGCCUCUGAUAGCAUUUCUUGGAGAUGAUGAAUUGGGAGUAAGCAUUGAACCAAGGGUCUAUCGAAGACAGUCUCUCUACUCCCUCGGGGUAAGGAUGAGUUCGAUUUGCAUUGUUAUUACUUUCAAUGGGAGGUGGACUCUUGAUUUCAAAUACUUGGAUCAUGAUACAAAACUUGUUCUGCUUAAUAAACAAGUAUCAUUCAAUACUUUCGUGAAGAACAUUAGUGAAGUUACAAAUAUUGAUUCAAGCAGAUAUUCACUAAAGAUAUGGUUUGAUAUCAAACUAAAUACAAGCAAAGGAAUGCUUGUAACUUCAGAUGAAGAACUCAGUACAUGUAUACAUUUGCUUACAACUGAUUCAGCCUAUAAGAAUUGCCAUUUUGUCGUCAAAAAAAUACAACAUUCAGAAUCUACAGCAUUCAAACAAUCUCUUGCAUAUAUAAUAGAUUCAGAACCGUUUGUUGAUUAUCAACAUGAACUAGGACAACCAAUAAUGGAUAACCUUCUAACAUUACAGCUACUUCAGAAUAUAUAA